CGUUCCGCAUAAGGAAGUUGUUAUUAAUGUAUGACGUACGCGGGUCCGCCACAACUGUUUUGUGUUUUCAGCUGUGUUAUUCUGCCGUGGAUAUUCGAAGCGUUUGAACGUUCUUUUCCAAGCGCGACAUUUAAAUAAUUACGGAGUUCCAGAACGUUUAGAAGUUUUGCCAUUCUGCUAUUUUUGGUCCAAGGCUUCGUAAAAACCUGCUCUGAAGGUGUCUAUUUCUGUGAGGUUACGUAACGCAACUGUAUUGUUGGAAGGUUUCUGACUUUCUGAUACGCAGCAGAAGAAAAUUGCAGACCCCCCAGUUCUGCUUGGCUGUUCUACAUACGUGGAGCUGUUUUCACAGCUUUCGGGAGUGGGCAUUCCUAACGCGCGCCAGGCCGAUCAGGUCUUGUAAAAUUUCAAACCAAAAGUAACUUGUUUUUUCGUGCUUUAUUCCUUCUGCCGAGUCCCAAAAAAAAAAAAACUGAAAUUUUAACCGGGGGGCAAGAUAAAGUACCGCAAGUGGGAGUGCCGGCCCCUUGGAGAGCGAACAUUUCGCCUACCGCGGCCAGUUUUAAGGUUAUGUACCCCUUGACGAGCCCCCAGAAAAUGACUGAAGCCUAUUUCCACCGAGUGAACCCCAUCUACUACUCAGACUACUCCGAUACGACAUUGCUGGUAGAAGAUAAGAAAAAAUACGGCCUGUCUUGAGCUGCUCUAAGAAGGUAUUUUUCUUUUUUUUUCUGUUCACUUCAGUCGUGUUGAAGUGCCGAAGAAAGGUGGUGCUAGCGAAGUGUGCUGAGCAGAACUUUGCUGUCUGCGAACGGAGUCUCUUCAUGAAGCAACAUUACUUGGCCUGCGAUACUUCCGCCAGCCAGCAGAACACGAUGGACGCCAUCUACAGUUCCCCCGUGGUGAAGUCCUUCGUGGCGGGGUCCGUGUCGGGGAUGUGCUCGACGGUGAUGUUCCAGCCGCUGGACCUGGUGAAGACGCGGCUGCAGAACCCGGUGCAGAUCGCGUGCGGCGUGUCGCCCGGCCAGAGCGCGGGGAUGAUCACGGUCAUCUCGCACAUCCUGCGCAAGGAGCACGUGCCCGGCCUGUGGAGGGGCAUGACCCCGUCCAUCACGCGGUGCGUGCCGGGCGUGGGGCUGUACUUCUCGUGCCUGCACGCGCUCAAGUCGCGGUGCGUGCCGGCCGACACGGAGCCCGGCGCGCUGCAGGCGGUCGUGCUGGGCGCGGCGGCGCGCACCAUGAGCGGUGUGUGCCUCAUCCCCAUCACCGUCAUCAAGACCAGGUUUGAGAGCGGGGUGUACCACUACAGCGGCGUGCUGCAGGCCCUUGGGACCAUCUACCGCACGGAGGGCGUGCGCGGCCUGUGCUGCGGCCUGGUGCCCACGCUGUUCCGCGACGCCCCCUUCUCCGGCCUCUACCUCAUGUUCUACUCCCAGGCCAAGGGCGCCCUUCCCGAGGACUGGACCAAAGGCAGCCUGCAGGCGCCGGCCAACUUCUCGUGCGGGCUGGCGGCGGGCGUGCUGGCCUCGGUGGUCACGCAGCCGGCGGACGUGCUCAAGACCAAGAUGCAGCUGUACCCGGACAGGUUCCGCGACCUGCGCUCCGUGGUCCUGUACGUCCGCCAGAAGUACGGCGUUAAGGGCUACUUCCGAGGCCUGGUGCCGCGGAUGCUGCGCAGGACCCUGAUGGCUGCGAUGGCGUGGACAGUGUACGAGCAGCUAACAAGGAGCAUGGGGCUGAAAUGACGCUCGCCGCCGGCCGGCAGUUGAGGCCGCCCGCCGACAGCACUGCCGAAGCCAAGGGGGUUUGCGAAAACACGUUCGUCGCUGUCUGGAGUCCGGUCUCGGAGGCCGUUAUUGGUCGACAACUGGGAAGAAUGCACGCGCGAUGAAGCUAUUGGCUGCCGUCCACAGAGUGGCACAAUGUUAGAGAGUAGCAAUCCAAGUUCUGUGGUGACGGUGCUUUUUGUCUGAUCACUUCAUUCGUACCGUUAGGUAGAGCGUAGAAGUUUAGCUUUUUUUUUUGACGAGAUAACUUGCUUUAAAAAAAAUAUAUCUAUCGCUGCAUGGUUUGGAAAUCGUAUCCGAAGGAAUUUGUAUUUAGAAUAAUGUAAUAUGUUUAAUUAUUAAUGAUAAAAAAAUUAUAAAUGUUUGUGGUUAAUAAUUAUUUUGCAUUGUAAUUUGUUAGAACUAAAUACAGUGAAUUUAUAUUUUGUAGUCAACAGGAUAUUUCUUAACGCCUUCCUCUGAUUGUUUGAAUUUGUAUUUCUAAUGUAAAAAAAAAGUUAAAAUUAAUAGCAGAAAAUAUUUUGCUUAUACUGAAGACUGUUAAAGCCUAUCCAUGUGUUGUCAAAGCUUAAAUGAUGAUCAAACAAUUGUACAGACAAACCUCUAUAUAUCGUUUUUCAGGGGACCAACAAAAAAUUCAGUAGAUGCGGACAUUCAAUAGAUGUGGAUUUCACUCUUAGAUUGUGAAAAAAUAUUUCAAUCUCAAAAUUAGUGUCAGAAAUAUAUCAGUUACUUGUCAUUAAAGUUUAAUCAAUUGAAAAAAAAUUAAAAUGAAAGCAUUUUACUUAAUUCAAUUUACACUUUAAAAAAACCAUAGCCUAUGCACAAUAGACCUACAAUUCAAUUUCUUCAAUAAUCCUAAUUUGUUCAUCAAGUGUUCUCACCUGUUUACUAUGCCGAGACAUUUUAAUCACUCUAAAACGUUAACCUCACUUUUGCACUUUUUAUUAAGUCAACAUUCACGCACAUGUAAAGGAAACACCAAUCAGAAUCAGGAAUUAGCAUGUGCCAUAAAUUAGGAUAGCAUGCCCGAACAAUGAAAUACCGGCCUACAGAAAUGCGUUCAUGAUGCUGCACAGGAAUCAAUAAAAUUUCAACGCCAUAGCGGACGCCAUAUUGGUUUCUUUGUACCUUAUAAACGAGACGUCUCAAUGCUCAGUCAUAAUAAGGGACAUGUUUAUUCUUGAAGUGAUUUUAUAUAUGUACGGUAUAAGAUGUUUUGUUUUUUACUUUACCAUUUUAGCCGACGUGAAAAAGUUUCGUACAUAAAUACUAGUCGAUAGUGUGGCAACGUUUCGUGACGAGUCGAUUUCACGGAAAUAUGGCACCAUUGUUAGCCAUCUACUGUUUGUAUUCGUACAUCGGUACAAGCGGACUUUUUUAACCUUAGUUGUAUGGCAAUUUUGCCGGGACCGUAGAAAGUAUACGAUAAACACGGACAAUCGAUACAUGCGAGUUCGAUAGAUAGAGGUUUGACUGUACUUUCCAAGUUAUAAAAUAGUUUUCUAUUGCGUAUGUAGGUAAACAAGUUUGUUGAACUAUUCACUGCAAAAAAUUAGGUUUAGUUGAAGAGGGUGUACACUUAUAGCUGAGGUAGAUUUCUGUGUAAAUAUGUUUAUAUUCGCUUCUCUAGAGGGACCAAAUACUACCGGGUUUAUAAUAUUUGAAAUUUAGUGCAGAUAUUUUGAUAUGAAGGAUGUUACUUUUUUUGACAUGUUUAUGCUUUGUACUCUGCUUUUACAAUAAAUAUUUCAUAUUAUGGUUA